CUUUUCUAUGUUAUCUUAUCCUCUGUUUCUCAACCGAGCCUCAAAAAUAAAACAGAAGUAGUUGAUAAAUGGGUUCGGUCAAGGAGGGUCAAAGAAGAGACUUGGAGGGUGAAGAAUGGGAGGAGGAACCUCUUUUAAGGGCGCAGAACCAGAGGUUUACUAUGUUCCCUAUUAGGUACAAGUCGAUUUGGGAGAUGUAUAAGAAGGCUGAGGCCAGCUUCUGGACUGCUGAAGAAGUUGAUCUUUCGACGGAUGUGCAGCACUGGGAAAAGCUGUCGGAUUCAGAGAAACAUUUUAUUAGCCAUGUUCUGGCGUUUUUCGCCGCAUCAGAUGGGAUUGUUCUGGAGAAUCUGGCUGCUAGAUUCUUGAAUGAUGUCCAAGUCCCUGAGGCUCGUGCUUUCUACGGGUUUCAAAUAGCCAUGGAGAACAUUCAUUCUGAGAUGUACAGCCAACUUCUGGAGACAUUUAUAAAGGAUUCGCAGGAGAAGAAUAGAUUGUUCAAUGCUAUUGACACCAUUCCCUGCAUUUCCAACAAGGCUAAAUGGUGUUUAGAUUGGAUUCAAAGUCCUAUGUCUUUUGCUGUCAGGCUUGUUGCUUUUGCAUGCGUCGAAGGAAUCUUCUUCUCUGGAAGCUUCUGUGCCAUAUUCUGGCUGAAGAAGAGAGGUCUGAUGCCGGGUUUGACUUUCUCAAACGAGCUUAUAUCGAGAGACGAGGGUCUCCACUGUGACUUUGCUUGUCUCUUGUACAGUUUGCUGCAGAAGAAGCUUCCUGUGGAGAAAGUUUAUCAGAUUGUUCACGAGGCAGUGGAAAUCGAGACAGAGUUUGUCUGCAAGUCCCUUCCAUGUGAUCUGAUUGGAAUGAACUCAAACCUCAUGAGUCAAUACAUUCAAUUUGUUGCUGACCGUCUUCUGGUUACCUUGGGAUGUGAAAGGAGAUACAAAACAGAUAAUCCAUUUGACUGGAUGGAGUUCAUAUCUCUCCAAGGGAAGACAAACUUCUUUGAGAAGAGAGUGGGAGAAUAUCAAAAGGCAUCUGUUAUGUCAAGUCUCCAAGAAGGUAAUAAGAACUACGAAUUCAAGAUUGAUGAGGACUUUUGAAUGGAAUUCGCCAUUGAAUCUGGGAAGGGCUCAUCUCAUUCUUUAUGAGUUACUCCAAAAUGGGAACAUUGUAAUAGACUAGAAGUAGUAGUACAAGAAACAAACUCACUUUAGAUCACAUUUUUUUUGGUUUUGGUUUAGCAGUAGAUGUUAUCUUAGUAUUAUUUGUGCCUUCUAUAAUGUCUGACAUUACAUCUUUGUUAAUACUUCCUUCUUUCCAAAAAUAAAUGUUUUUGAAAA